AUGAAAAGAAUGCUUCUUAAAGUCUUUUAUAAGGGAUUACUGGCUGUGCGUCAAUAUUUUUGGACUGCCGUAACACAAUCCCAAUCUGGUACAGGCAAAUCCGCUGCAUUUUCAAUACCAAUUAUAUCACGGAUUGAUCCAACUAAUCGAUCACCACAAGCACUUAUUAUUGUACCAACAUAUGAACUAGCUCUACAGAUUGGCUCAGUUAUUGAAAAAAUGGCACAAUUUUUGCCAUAUAUUCGAAUUGCUUAUGCUGUCCGUGAUCCAACAAUGUCACGUAAUCUUGUCCGUAGACAACUUUUGACUGAACCGAUUGUGAUUGGCACACCAGGUACAGUUGAAGAUUGGUGCCGUCGACUACGUGUUAUAGAUUUAAAUAGAUUACGUAUUUUUUGUGUUGACGAAGCUGAUGUUUUGAUAACAACCGAAGAUUUUCAACAAAUCAGUGUUGGUCUUCUACGUUAUCUUCAGUAUUCCAGUUGCCAAAUGAUGUUAUUUUCAGCUACAUAUUCAGAUGAUGCUAUCAGAUUUGCAUAUGAACUUAUUCAAAACCCAGUUGUUCUAAGAUUAGAACGUACAAACCAAGUAUUACAUAAUAUAAGACAAUUUUUUGUAUUUUGUGAUAUUCCACACCAAAAAUAUGAUGCUAUUGAACAAAUUUAUGCGUCCUUAACUAUUCGACAGGCAAUAAUUUUUUGUAGAAAAAUAGCAACAGCACGCAGUUUAGCUGUUCGAAUGGCGAAUCAAAACUAUUCAGUAAGAGAAUUAACAUCAGCUUUAGAUAUUGAACAACGUAAAGCAGUUAUGAGCCAAUUUCGCAAAGGUUUAUUUGGUGUACUUAUAUCAACAAAUGUUGCAACUCGUGGCAAGUUGAAUCAUAUUACUUUUCUUUUAUGA